CGUUUUAUUUUCAAUUAUCGUGUUUUUAUAUGUAUAUAUUUUUUAAAAAAUCUGUCAACCGCCCGAACUCCUGGAAGAGCCCCCAAAGCGGCGGAGGGACCAUCGGCGGAGGGGGAAAGGAGAGCGCCCCGCACGGCUGGUCUGAUGGACAGCGGGUCCGUUAUCACCCAGGUUAGCAAGGAGGAGGUGAACACGCCUCUGCAGGAGAAAGGUGCCCAGAACCCAUCGCCUUCCAAGAAGCCCAGGAACCGCAGCAUCUUCCAAUCCCUCUUCUGCUGCCUUUGCCAUGACAACUCUGAGCCUAUCCCCGUCAACAACAAUGCCCCACUGCUGGUUGAGGAAAAUGGUUCGGUGCCUAAGGCUACCAUCAAAUACCUCCUGCCAGAAAUCAAGCCUCAAGAUGCCAGCAAAAUCUGUGUGGUCAUUGACCUGGAUGAGACAUUGGUGCAUAGUUCCUUUAAGCCAGUGAACAAUGCAGAUUUUAUCAUCCCAGUGGAGAUUGACGGAGUCAUGCACCAGGUGUAUGUGCUGAAGAGACCCCAUGUGGAUGAGUUUCUCCGGCGGAUGGGUGAGCUCUUUGAGUGUGUGCUCUUCACCGCUAGUCUGGCAAAGUAUGCAGAUCCUGUUGCUGACCUGCUGGAUAAAUGGGGAGCCUUCCGUGCCCGCCUCUUCCGUGAGUCAUGCGUCUUCCACCGUGGAAACUACGUCAAGGACCUCAGCCGCCUGGGCCGUGACCUGACGCGUAUUAUCAUUGUGGACAAUUCGCCUGCUUCCUACGUCUUCCACCCUGAUAAUGCUGUCCCUGUGGCUUCAUGGUUCGACAACAUGGCUGACACGGAGCUUCUCGACCUGUUGCCAUUUUUUGAGAGACUCAGCAAAGUGGAUGACGUGUAUACAGUGCUAAAACAGCACCGGACUAGUAGCUAGUGACUGCAGGGGGCUUUGGGCAGGGGAAGGAGGGGUAGAAGCCCACCUAGCUGCUUCCUGCUGCUGAGCAGGGUCCGUCUGCUCUCCCAGCCUAGCCCCAGGCAUAGCAGUGCACAGGAAACCCAGCAGGGGGCAGCAGAGAGCCACUGGUUCCCAUGGGGGCACCAGGACAGACGCCAAUGUCUGAAGGUCACCUCGAACCCUGAACCCCAGAGAGGAAAUAUCCUUGCCGUUGUGUUUAAGUAAUGGUUUGUUCCCCUUGUAUUACGGCUGUGGGGACCAGGCCCUCGGCCCAUCUUUUUCUCACACCAUGGGACCAAGAUUGUGGCCCCAUCCCCCUCUAGCCAAGGGGAGAGCGCGAAUUCUGGCCCACUCCCCUGUCACCAGGUGGAGAAGGGUCACACAAGGACUGGUCCCAGGAAUUCCCUGGAUCCCACUGAUGCCCGAUAUUCUCCUCCCCUGUGGGGGGAGUUAUUGGCACCACGGCUAUAUUUCUGGUGGUGGACAUUGGCAGUGCUAGGAGCCGAGGAAGCCCCAGGUGAAAGGUAUUGAAGAGGGAAAGGGGAACCCAGGAGAGAAGGCAGAGCUGACCGGGGGGGGGGGCUGAAAAGAUUUGGGCAAAUACAUAAAGAAGGUAGAACGUGUGGAGAAAUUUGGCUGCGUCUCUAAAGGGAGUGGAGUUUCUCUGUCAUGAGAAGUCCCAGCUGAGAGUUCGGGGCUGAUGUCUGAGAACUGCAUCUUUCUUAAGCAAGAGCAUGUAUUCGUGCUGUGCAACACAGGAUAUAUUGGGCUGUCUCCUAUCGCUCUGCUCAGGUAAGGACGGCAUGUUUUGUUUGGAGUAAGCCACGUCCUGCUAACACAAGAUACGGUUCCACCAGCAGGAUGGACUUUCCCCCAAAGGAUAUGCAUGUCCCUUAACUGAGUGUAGAAUACAACCCAAUGUUGUCUUGCUAAAAGCGACGUUCCGCCAUUUUGUGGGACACUGCACAGUCUGAAUGAGCUGCUUCUCACUGAAAGUUUCCCUUUAGAGGAAAAAAUGUCAUUUCCCCCCCCCCAUUCCCUUUGAGAGAGGGUGGGGACUCAGGCUUCUCUUCAUUUUCUUUCUGAAGAAGAGACAAAAAAGUAGGUCAGGAGAUGUUUCACUACCAGGUAGGAAGAGACGUUUUCCCCAGCUGAGAUGCAAUGUAAAGCUAGGUCUGUCAGUUUGCGCACUGACACUUGUAAGUGCCUUAGAGGUGAGGGAAUGAGCAGUCAGAUGGAUUGAACAGGCCCAAGUCGGACCCACAGCCCAAUCCGAGCCUGGCUGGACCCCUGCAUUUUGAGGGGCCCCAAGCUAGUUCUGUGAUUGGUUGCCUCUGAGAGAAGUGGCUUUUGAGGCAUUGAGAUACAUGGGUGACUGCCGGGGUAGUUCAUGUUAGGCUUAAAGAGGGCUAUCGGGAAGAUGAGCACUGUUGGCUGAUAGAUACCAUACCGGAAGUUUGUUAUCUAGAGCAAUGCAAUCGGUUUCUGAUUUCGUUCAAGAUUAUUAGUGUGGUUGGUGACUCUGCCUUCUAGUAGUCAGGUAUGGCACAGUCUAGGUAUCCUUCUCAUAGCAUUUCCAUAUUCCUUGCCAGCCCUGAGUUUUCUUUUCUAAUCCCUGGCUUCUUCCGGGCGCAUUCUCAAGUUCCCUUUAUCUCCGCCCUCCUAGUAGCUGUGACCAGACAUCCUGUGGGCGUAUGCUGGGGAGGGAGAGAUGGCAGUGUUUUCUUCGGCCACAGUGGCUUUGUCUUUUAUGCUGUUAGUGCCUUUAAUCCCCACUGUCUCCCAGCUGGCUUCGUUCCAGGCCCUGAGAUGCAGCAACAGUUGCCUGCUGGGUUUCCGGAACCUUCCUGGGCUUGCAGGGCAUGUGGGGAAAUUGUGCCUUUUAGACAUGAUGGAUCUGGAGGUAUUGCUGAGAGAAAUGAAAUGCACAAACUGUGGGGGUGGUGCCAGUAGACAAGACCUCUGUUUCUACUGCUUUGUGAAUAAGUCCAAUUGCUCCAGGUUCCCAAAGACUGGUUGAGCUAAGUCAAGCCAGCCCUCCCUGCCAUCUGUUUAACCGUGUUUCUUCCCGGCUCAUCCAGGGGCUUUGAAAGCCCAUUUAAGAAGGAAGAACCUUGAGCUGUCUGCCUUGGCCUCUCUGCCAGCUGCCCCAAAGAGGGACGGAUGUUCUUCAGUUUCUCUCCAGUGCCACCUUGGAUUUGCCUUAACAUGUUCUUUUUGGAUUCAAGAAUUCUGUGUGCCUUUUUAUGAUUGUUCUUUGCUGUUUCUUAAAGAAAUGACACGAUGCAGCAAAUCUUGAGACCCUUAGCCCCAUAUCAGGGUGGAAUCUUUAGUGACGGAGCAGGUCUUGGCUGUGGAGAAUGGCUCCUUUAGUGGUCUGUUGACCUGGAGCAAAGGGUGGUCACAGUGAGCCUCACUGCCAGGGAGCCUUUGAGCCGGCAUUUGCAGGUUGCCACUUUAUCAUAUUAAACUUAGACCAUCUUACUAAAAUGACGAGUGCAUUGAAUAAUCCCUUCCAAGGUGAGCCUGUCCCAGUCCUCAGGGUGGGGGGGAUACAGGAAGUUUCAGCAACCAUUCAAAUGUGAUGACAUUGUUCGAUAGCUACUGCUAGAUUUAUCCUUUAGGAAUGUGUGCCGGAUGUAUCCUUUAGGAAUGUAUGUGUUUGCUUUUAAGCGCAGUCAAGUUGAUGACUGCAAGUCAUUAAUGUGGUAGGGUGGGGAGAGAAGUCCCUUUAAUUGUUUUUACUUUAACAACAUUAUUGGUUUUUGUUUUGUUUUUUAAGAAAACCAUUGUACAAUGGGAUAAUCUUUUUUCCACAUUGCCCCUAACAGAUCUCUCUCUUCCAGCCCCCCUCCCUUGGGCCAAAUUACAGGCAGGGGUCAUUUCAUAGA